CUUUAAUAUUUCUAAAUCAAAUAAACCAACGGUCUAGAGCAAUGUAAACCAAAUAUCAAAUAAACAUAAUCUGAGAUGUAAAGAGUUUAAUUAAUACUCGCGACUAACCUGGGUCACAAGCAAGAAAUUACUGAUGUGGAAAUCUAUAAUUGGUCCACUUGUCAUCAUUACAAAUGAGCUGUCCACUUAAGAGAAUCUUUUUCUCUUCUGUAGUUAGUUCUGUAAACACACACGCUCAACAAUUUACCAAAGAGAAUUCCAUUAAGUCAGUGUUUAGAAAAUGCAUACCGUAAAGUAUUUAUUAGAUACUUAACGAAUACUAGAAUUUACUUAUCUUUAUUCUUUUGGCCCUUAAAAAUUCUAUUCUGACCAUCUUUUCUUUUUGCCCUUACCUGGUCCAUUUCUGGAUUCCUCCACAAGAGUCACAAUCUCAUCAAGUAGAAACUCCAUUAACCAGAUUGCGUCCUCUUUCUCCUUCUUCUUCCCCUUCCUCUCUCCAAUUUUCAAAUCUGUACUUCCUGUCAAAAAGAGAAACUCUAAGCAUCACUGCUGUACAAAAAUCCCAAUGUCUGCCACUUAAAUAGAUGUUACUUGUUUUCUUCCUCCAAACGUACCAACACUACUCUGUCCCGUGAAAACCGCUUCUAGUUUCACCCUCUUAAUCAUUUCUUGUGUAAGCCUCCUUAUGGGUUUUUUGCAGCAUUAAUCUUGCACUGAGUCUGUGUAACGAAGUUUAACCUUUCUCUGCAAAAAAAAACUUUUUUUCUCCUUUUCAGAAAAAGAUAAGACAUGGGUCAGAUCAAGUUGUUGUAGUAAAAGACAGAUCCAACGUGAGAGAGAGAGAGAGAGAGAGAGAGAGAGAGAGAGAGAGAGAGAGAGAGAGAGAGAGAGAGAGAGAAAAAAGUUAGUUAGCUUGUGAAACUUGUCACAAGUUUCAUCACUAUAUUUAUAACUACCUUUGUAGAAGAGGAAGCACUUAAAACAAGAACAUGUCAAUCUCUUGCACUAGAAACUUCUUCGAAAGAUUCUGCGUCGAAGAAUACAACAUGGACGCAAUGAAACACAGCAGUUUCCUCUCUGCUAAUCUCUUGCCAUCUCUUGGAGCAAGAAUUAACCAAUCCACCAAGCUCCGUAAACACAUUAUAUCUCCUUUCAGUCCACGUUUCAGGGCAUGGGAGAUGUGGCUAGUCAUUCUUGUGAUCUACUCAGCUUGGAUUUGUCCUUUCGAGUUUGCAUUCAUCACCUACAAGAAAGACGCUCUUUUCAUUGUAGACAACAUUGUCAAUGGCUUCUUCGCCAUUGAUAUCAUCCUCACCUUCUUCGUUGCUUACCUAGACAGCCACUCUUAUCUUCUAGUCGAUAAUCCUAAGAAAAUAGCUAUAAGGUACCUUUCUACUUGGUUCGCCUUUGAUGUCUGCUCAACAGCUCCAUUCCAGUCACUGAGUCUCCUGUUUAAUUACAAUGGAAGCGAAAUAGGAUUCAGAGUUCUUAAUAUGCUCAGGCUCUGGCGUCUCAGACGAGUUAGCUCUCUGUUUGCCAGGCUUGAGAAAGAUAUCCGCUUCAACUAUUUCUGGACACGAUGCACAAAACUCAUUUCGGUGACACUGUUUGCAGUACAUUGUGCUGGAUGCUUCAACUACCUCAUCGCAGAUCGAUAUCCUGAUCCGAGGAAAACAUGGAUCGGAGCUGUGUAUCCAGAUUUCAAGAAGGCAAGCCUAUGGAGUAGAUAUGUGACUGCUCUCUACUGGUCAAUCACUACAUUAACAACAACAGGAUAUGGAGACUUACAUGCUGAGAAUCCGAGAGAAAUGUUGUUCGACGUCUUCUACAUGCUAUUCAACUUGGGUUUCACAUCUUACCUCAUUGGAAACAUGACUAACCUUGUCGUUCACUGGACUAGCCGCACAAGAACCUUUAGAGAUACUGUUAGAGCUGCUUCAGAGUUUGCAUCAAGAAACCAACUCCCACCAAACAUACAAGACCAGAUGCUAUCACACAUUUGCUUAAAGUUCAAAACAGAGGGACUGAAACAACAGGAAACUUUGAAUGGUUUGCCUAAAGCGAUUCGGUCAAGCAUCGCAAACUAUCUCUUCUUCCCAAUCGUUCAGAACGUCUACCUCUUUCAAGGAGUUUCUCGCAACUUCCUCUUUCAGCUGGUUUCAGAUAUAGAUGCCGAGUAUUUCCCACCCAGAGAAGAUGUAAUACUACAGAACGAGGCUCCUACGGAUCUUUACAUUCUUGUCUCAGGGGCAGUGGAUUUUACUGCCUACAUUGAUGGUGAAAAUCAGGUUCAAGGAAAGGCUGUUGUUGGAGAUGCAUUUGGAGAGAUUGGAGUUUUAUGCUACACACCACAGCCUUUCACAGUAAGGACGAGUGAACUAUCUCAGAUACUAAGGGUAAGCAAAACAUCUCUAAUGAGUGCUAUGAGAGCUCAUGUUGAAGACGGACGUGUCAUUAUGAACAAUCUCUUCAUGAAACUCAGAGGGCAACAGUCUAUAGCAAUCGAUGAUCCAAACAACCAACAAGACUUCCUCCUCAAGGAAUGGCUCGGUGGUGGUCCAGCACGAGGAGAAGGGAAUGUCAGUGAUCAAGGAAAGGGGAUCAAAUAUUUGCAACUGAAUGAUUCAGAAAAUGUUGACUUUAAGUCAACAGACGAUCAAGAACAUAGAAUAGAGAUAGCAGACAAAGAUCUCAAUGUCAAAGGUUGCUCUAAUGCAGAUCUUACCUCGUUUGAGUGUCCUUCACGAAAAACAUAUCCAUAUCGCAGAUCCAGCGUCUCGGUAAAACCUAGCAAACAUGAAGCUGCGAAGCCAAAAGAUGUUAUGAGAGUUGCAAUCCACUUCAAGUCGGGAGGAAAAGAGUCGUCGAAGCUGAUAAUCUUACCUGCUUCAAUAGAAGAGCUUCUAAGACUUGCAGGUGAGAAAUUUGGAGACAGGAGCUUCACAAUGGUCACCAAUGCGGAAAACGUUGAGAUAGAUGACAUAAAUGUCAUUAGAGAUGGUGACCAUUUGUUUUUUUCCAUUGCUGAGUAUGAAGUUAAAGAGUCUUAACGUUUGUAUUAUUCAAUAGUAGCCUUUUUUAUAGAGAGAGUAUGUAUAUCAUUGAUGUAAUUUGUUAAUCCAGAAAAAUAUAUCAUCAAAGAAGAAUCCAGAGAAAUUAAUUUUGAUAAGCACAAUAACAUCUAAUCUCAUCUUCCAGAUCCAGAAAACGAAUCUCUAAACCUUACCAAGUUACAAAAUCAAAACAAUGUACAAUCAAACGAAGAAACUGGAAAAAUUUCGAUGAUGGAACCUGGCGAUUAUCUGGCGAAACUUGUUUCAGUGUGAG